GUUAAAUCUACAACAAUUCAUAUUCUUUGCUUGAUGCUAAGUUGGCAGUGUUGCCUGAAGCUGCUGUCUUCAUCACAUUAUCUAAUUUUAUUCAACUUGAUUGGCUUUUGAAAAGUCUUCUUCAAUAUUGAGAAGCAUUAUUCAUCAGCCACUUCAACCUUUUGAAUUAUUGCAACCUUCUAAGCGUUUCAUUCUUCGAGGUCACUUUGAUCUUCCAGAACCAACAUGGCUCAUCCCACUCCCAUCAGUGAUGAUCCUCUUGAGACGAAGAAAUCUGUAGGAAUGAAGAGUAUCUGGAAAGGCGCAUCCAGACAGAAUCCAAAUCCAAAAAAUUGGUCGACCCAACAGAUUAGAUCGGACUCAAGUUUCGCUGCAUUAUCACCUCCUUCUCGAGAUUCAAUAUCAUGUUCCAAGAGCUCAUGUUUCUCAGAUCUCAACAAUUAUAUUCCUGCAGGAUCGAUUCGAAUACACAAGCAAGAGUGUUCGCUCUUGACGGAAGAAGUAUUCACGUGUCGAGAUUGGCAUGCUUUUCAUCUUCCGUCCGACAUCAUCAACUUUCAACAAAGUAUCUUGUAUUUACCAAAUACUGUACAAGGUCAAUUGCUUCGUUCUGCUGCCCUUGCUGAGUACACUGGUAUACACAAUGCUGGUUGGAUUAGAAUGGAGUUUAAGGCAAAGGAUAAGAAUACUGGUCAAGUAAGGGUAUAUAUCUUACCGGAUGAUGUUGGGAAUGCUGUGUUAGAUCGUUCGAUGAAGCAACUUCGUAAGGGUAUGGAGGCCUUACUAGACAAGUUAGACGUUUCGAAUGCGGCUUGGCAAGGAACAUGGUCAGAUGACAAACCAAUUCAGCACAUCAACUCUGAAUUGGAUGACCAAGAAUCUACAGAUGUCGUCUCGCUCUUUGACAUGUUUAACAAUCUACCAUCCCCAAAGCCAGACCCAGGGGUGAUCGUUGGAGAUCGUUAUGUACAAGAUGCGAUGCGAUCUCUCCUGGUAGGUAAUGUCCAGGGGCUGAAUCCAAAUACGCAAUUGCAUCCAUAUCAAUGUCAAACGGCUGCUAUGAUGCUGCAGCGGGAAACACAGCCAGGGUACAUUAUGGAUCCACGUCUUCGAAAAAUUCAAGAUCAGUAUGGACAGAGUUUUUACUGUGAUUUGAGUGCGAACGUUUGUUUGAGGGAACCACGCCUUUACGAAGCUCCAAGGGGUGGAAUAUGCGCAGAAAACAUGGGUCUAGGAAAGAGUCUAAUCUGCUUAGCUUUGAUUCUAUCAACAAAAUAUCUGAGACCUCAAAUGCCAGAUGAGCACUCCAUUAACUCUAUUCCCACGCGGAAAAAGACGGGUUCUCUUCUCGAGAUGUGCGCUUCGGCCGUCGGCAGACAAGGAAUUCCGUGGGAGACAGUCCUUGGAAAGAUGGAAUCCGAAGGAGAACUUGGAUUCAGCCAAAUGCAUGCCGCGUUAAAUAGAGGAAUUGGCUACUAUUGGUAUGAGCCUGACCCACCAGCUCGCGAGACCCGUCGUCCGAUAACCCCAACUAAGAAGAAGAUUUGGCUCGCAAAGUCUACGCUUGUAGUUGUUCCACCCAAUUUGGUGCACCAAUGGAUACAAGAGAUCGAGAAACAUACCACCAGCUUGAGUUACUUGGUUAUGAAUGAUAUGAAAAUUCAAGUACCUGCAGCGCAUGAGUUGGUAAAGUACGACAUCAUUUUAUUUAGCAGAAGGAGGUUUGAAAGAGAGGCUACAGAAGAGACUUUGUCGUCCCCACAGAGCACUACUACCUGCGAGCACUGUUUCGGAAGCCCGGAAGCUUCUAACUGCUCUUGCGAGAUAUCCCCAGAAAAUGCACCGGCAGAAGUCUUUAAAUACCGCUCUCCACUUCGAGAUCUCCAUUUCAAGCGCCUGAUCACCGAUGAAGGACAUGAUUUCGGGAAUGUAACGAAAAGCGGCCAGUCAAACGCGAUAAUCAUGAUUGACUUUUUGCACCUUGAUGCGCGCUGGAUUAUUUCUGGAACCCCGACAAACGGCCUUCAUGGAAAAGACGCAUUUUCGAGGACUUAUGAGCUCAGAAAUAAUGACACGAGAUCCAUCGACCAAGAGAAUGCCAAGACGCCUCCAGAGAAAAUCUGCACUAACCCAAAAGGUGUGUUUAUCCAAAAAGAGACUAAAGACCUCGAGAAGCUUGGGAAUAUAUUGAAGUCGUAUCUUAAAGCUCGACCAUGGGCAAACACGGCCGGGGUGGGAGAUCAAGCAUCGUGGCUAGAUCUAGUCAUCAGACCACGAUUCAACCGACAGAUCCAUGGCGAUCCGGGAAUUCUUAAGUCUACUUUGGAAAGUAUGAUCAUCCGACAUACUGCAAAUGACAUCAUGGGGCAACUUAGACUUCCCCCAUUAAACAAGAAAACUGUUUACCUCGAAGGUUGUUUCCAGGAUAAGUUGUCGUUGAAUAUAUUUUCAAUGAUGAUUACUAUAAAUGCCGUUACCUCGGAAAGAGAAGGUGUAGACUAUUUCUUUCAUCCGAAAAAUAGGAGAGUUCUUCUGAAUUUGUUCUCAAACUUACGACAGGCUUCCUUCACUUGGUCAGGUUACACCAGGGCAAUGAUUGAGAACUCGCUUCAAAAUGCUGAGAAGUUUCUUGCAAAGGAUGACAUUAAUCCUGAAGACAGAAAGCUUUUGCAGGAAGCUAUUCGAGUUGGAGAGCUAGCCCUUUCGAAUGGUAUAUUCACAGCCAUUAGUCAAAUACAUGAAAUGGCCAUGUAUGUACAGAAUCCUCUGGCGGAAGAAAUUAGGCGUGCGUGGGCACUUGACUACCAUGAUGGGAAUCCAACCCUGAUGGGCGCUAGUAUGAUAUGUGCUGCAAAAGAGGCGUUUUAUACAUAUCGUCGUAGUGGCCUCGUCGAUCCAUCCGAUUCUGUCUUCGAUACAGCUAAACUCACUAACUUUGGAGAGAACUUGAUGCGCAGGAUUGCAGUAAACGCUGAUGUAGACCCUGUCGAGUUCAGAAUAGAACAAGCAGGCUUUACAGAUCACAGACCGAGUGCAAGCCCCGAUAUCUCAACGUCAGUGAAGAACUCCAUGUGGAGAGAGUCUACUAUCACAUCCACAGCUUCAUCCAAACUCUCAUAUCUCAUGGACCAGAUUUUUCUUUAUCACAAAAACGAGAAGAUAAUUGUAUUUUACGAGGCCGAAAACGUGGGAUAUUAUAUUGCGCAGGCAUUGAAAUGUGUAAACAUCGAGCAUUUGGUAUACACCAAGAGAGAUUCAACCUCUGAGCGUUCGAAAUGCGUUGCAAAGUUCAACUCCGUCGCUGGUUUCCGUGUUAUGCUCAUGGAUGUUAAUCAAGCCGCCUUUGGUCUAGAUAUGAGCGCAGCAUCAAGAAUGUACUUCGUCAAUCCAGUCUUCUCACCACAAGUUGAGGCACAAGCUAUCAAGAGAUCUCACCGCAUCGGUCAGCUCCGCCCUGUACAUGUUGAGACUUUGGUUCUGAAAGGAAGUAUUGAGGAGGUGAUAUUGACAAGACGAAGCACACUGAACGACCAAGAAAACACACAUCUCAAGAACAUCCUCGAAGACCAAACGAUAUACGACUGGAUCAAGGAUGUUCGAUUCUACCCUACUGCGACUGGUAAUUUACCCGGUCCAGAACAAUUUGCUCCUCUUUCUUACCCGCAACUCGCGUUUGAAAAGUUCAACAAUUCUCUGAACAAUGCAAAUAAGGAUAUGGACCCUACAACGGAAUCAGAAACUCUUGAGCCUCUUCCAUCCCAAUUGACCGAGAGCAGACACUCAAUUUCGGGUGUUGAAACUGCGCGCAAUGUGGCUCAAUUAGGUGAUUUACGCAUUAUAUUGGGGUGGGAAGUUUCAGAUUUUAUUCUUGGAAUUUAUAAGAGAGGACUUCGGGAGCGGAUUCAUGAACAAGAAUUGGGAUUAGGUCGCUGGAUUGAUGGCUUAAUGCUUUCGCAUCAGAUUGUUAAUGCCUCUACUAGUGGUGAGACUGGAUCAUCCCAUCCUGCUCGCGGCGUAGGGUUUGGUACGAGAAUUCGACCCGGAUUAACCACAGCGGCCGUACAGACUCUUCCUGAAGGAGAUGUAGCAGAGGAGGAUUAUCAUAUGAACGAAGAAGAUCAUCUGGAAUCUCUCCGCACAAAGUCCAUAAAGACAAGAUCCACCGGAAAUGAUCGGCAAAAUGAGUUGAUGGUGCAUUCGAAAGUCUCGAGAGAAUUGGCUGAGACACAAGCAGAAGGAGAUGAGAAAGAGGAGCGCCAUAGCUCUACUCAAACACUCACCUUGGGGGAAAGAUUUAGAGAAAUGGUAGAGGAAGCAGCUAUUGCUGAUGGAGUAUCUAUCGAUUGGACCAGUCUUCAUGUUCGCGGUGCUGGUGGACCAUCUGCUCGUGCGCCAUCAAAUGUGCCAUCAAAUGCGCCAUCAUAUCAGGGAUUUCUAGAAUUUGGAAAAAUCACUAGUGGAAAUUCGACGAGUACACCACCGAAUACUACACUGACAGCUAAUGAACCUGAAAUUGAGGAAUUCACGGCGGAGACAGCGGAGAAUGUCGCAAAUGAAGAAGAUGAAGACAUGAAGGCCGCAGAAGUUGCAGAUGAUGUGGAAGAUGAGGCUACAGGUGCGGGGUCCGAUUCUUCCCACGGAAACUUGUAUGAUGCAUAAGAGCAACCAUAUAUGAUAUAGACGACUUGAUUUCAAGGUGGCAUAGUUUGGUGAACGCAUGUGGGUAGAGGUGAUAUGGGAAGACAUCAUAAAAACGCGGGUCUGUGCGAUAUUUAUGAUGCCUAGGCUACUCUCUGAAUUGACUCCGAUGGGAAAAAGCAUAGGGAAUGUAUAUAUGAUGCAAAAGAUAUGAGAUUAUUUGAUGUUUUGAGUAAUGAGAUAAUCAUAUUUGUUAGAGAUCCAAUACAGAAAAUUACAAAAUA